AUGGCGCCCAAAGAGACUCCGCUGGCGGUUUCUUCUGGUAUGACGUCAAAGGCGGUAUUGAAAAGGAGGGCGCUAUUAAUUGUACAAAAUAACUAUGGACUGGACUUGGGAAAAUGCCCAGAUAGGUAAAACCAACAACAACAACAACAACAACAAAAACAGGUGUUAUGCUCAAAAGCCAACCAUUGUGCAUAUUUUGAAGUGAAAGAUCGUUAUCUGGCAAAUUUAGAGCCAGAAACGAUGGAUUAGUAAUUUACAGUAAGAUUUCACAGAAAUAUAGGGAAAAAGACAAACGAAAACAAAAACAAAAGUAAUCAAAUAUACACUACGAAAAGAAGAGUUUCUCAUUGCCAAUGUUUUUUCUGGCGUCAAUUCGGAAUCCCUCAAUAAUUUUCUUUAUUUUUGAUGUAUAAAUAACGAUCCAAUUCGCUAAAAUAUCCAAAUUGUGCCACUUAAAAGUAUUGCCAUCAAUUGUGGUCACAUGGUGGGCAAUAUCUAUCCCCGCGCAGUAAACGUAAAUACACGAUAUUAACACCGUUUUCAAGAAACAACACCCCUAAAAUGACGACCUUAAACAAUUUUUUCGAAAGGAAACAGUAACACUUCUAUCUCUUCCUUGUAUAAGGUUCGAAAACGAGAAAAUAGUUAAACAGCUAUGUCGCGCCGAUAGUAGGCUGAAGUCUUCCGGAUGAGUGAAGAAAGAGACGGCCUUGUUGGAAACGAAUACAUACUCUAUUUCAGUCUAAUUUUAUAAGUUCACUUCAAAAUUUAAAAAAAAAAAAAAAAAAAAAAAAAAAAGUGUGAUUCUUUGGCAAGCUAUUUAUCGAUACAUAUUUCUGUUGAAGGCUCGGCAGCACAGUCACACUGUGCUGCCGAGCCUUUUCAAAACUUCACCGGUUUUAAAUCUUCGUCGUUUUCUCGUUCUCGACAAAAAAGUACGUUUUGCUGCUCUGUUAAGAUGUCGACUGUUGGAGGACUGGCCAGACUGUUCAUUUCAAGGUCCACACGACUACUUGCGGGUAGAAAUGUAGCGAAUAGCCCUGUAGUCUCUUGUAGAUCCAGGUCUAUAUUUGCAGCAACUACACGUGGUGCCUCUCAGAAACCAAGAAUCCUCCCUGUUUCAUGUGCUUGCUCACAAGUUUGCGUUUGUCAGAUGCACAAACACACUCAAGGUAAGGAUCUAGAACUUCACUAAAGAAGUAAAUGACAAGUCCAUGGGCGUUCGUUUAAUUAACUGAACAAGACAUGUGUCUGAUCAAUGUGUAAGCUCAGAUGACUAAUGUUAACUGUAAGUAGAUUUACACUUUAAUGAAACACUAUAUAUGAUAAUGAUACUCACAAGGGGUAGAUUUACCUAUGAUGCCAUAAUUUAUUAUGCUAACAGUUCUCCGAGCUAAGGAGCUACGACAUUGUUCUAGGUUAGAGGGGCUAACAGUGCAGACCAAGAAAACAAGGUUCUCUUGGUUUACCAUCUCUUAUAUUUCUAUCUACAAACAUUACGCUAUCAACAUUGCUGAUCCUAGCAGUAUGCAGGAUGUAUGUAAUAUGAACUUCGUGAUAGACCUCACCCACUGUGGAGUCUCUGUGGCUCAGUGGUAGAGCAUCAGAGUGCAGAAUCUGAAGGUCUGAGGUGUGGUUCCUCAUGAGGAUUCAGAAUUUUUUUUGUCCCACGCUGGUGACAAGAUGAAAAAACAUCUUUCUCCAUUUCUUUACUGAGCUCAAAACCUACCAUCUCCCUUAUUUCUAUCUACAAACAUUAUGCUUAUGGACAUUGCUAAUCCUAGCAGUAUGCAAGACACAUGUCAUAUGAACUUCCUGAUAGACUUUGCUCACAAUGUGGUCUCUUGUGGCUCAUUUGUAGAGCAUCGCAGCACGGAAUCUGAAGGUUUGAGGUUCAAUUCCUCAUGGGGACUCGGAAUUUUUUCUUUGUCCCACGCUUGUGACAAGACGGAAAAACAUCUUUCUCUAUUUUUUUUUACCGAGCUCAAAGCUUACCAUCCCUCUUAUUUUUGUCUACAAACCGUAGGCUGUGGACAUUGCUGAUCCUAGCAGUAUGCAGGAUGCAUGUCAUAUGAACUUCAUGAUAGACCUUGUAAAACCUAUCAUUUCUCUUAUUUCUAUCUAAAACAAGGUUUGUAAGAUAUUGGAUAUUUGGAUAUCAAUCAGUAGUAGCAGUAUGCUGGAUGCUUCUCAAAUAUUAAUGUAGUAAAAGAUAGAACAAUAGAGCGCAAAAUCUGACACUGGUUACUGACUGCAAAACAUCUUUUAGCUGAUUAUUUUUUAUUGUCCUUUCUCUGCCAGUUGACAGUGAAAUAAUCAAAUUCCUGAAAGGUGAGAUACAGAGUGAAAGAGAUGCUGCCCCCAAGGUUCCAAUGUCAGAGUUGUUUAAGGUGAGGUCCUGUCUUUGAAUUAUAUUUUUGUUUGCAAUGAGAACUAAUUCUGGUAACAAUAUUCUGGACCAAAAGAAAAUGAACAAUUACGCUGCCAAAACUUUUGUGUUUGAAGCAAUCUCUAGUAGUUGGUAUUGCAAAUCUGUCUUGCAGUAGUCUAUUUGAUUUUUGAUAACUGUCUAUUUUUUUUUCUCUUCAAAUAGGCUGCAUUGGAUGGAACACAUGUUAAAUUAGAGAGGGAACACAAUGCAGAAAGGUCUGCUGGACUUCAUUUUUAUAACUAAUCAAAUUGAAAAUGACCUGUGUUGUUAAGAUUCUUAAUUAAUUCAUAUAAUAAAGGACCUCCCACAUUAACUUGUAUUGGCAAAUUAUUAAAGGAGUGCAAAUAAAGAAUCUUCACAUGCAGUUGUAAAGAGUUCUCAAAAGCUCAAGUAUGUAAAACAGUCCCAAACAUGUUCCAUGAUUAUCUUCUCCACUCCAGAUGGGUCAGAGUUAAGCAAAAUUUGAUUACUUGAAAACUCAGAUGUCAGCAUUGAUUUAUACUUACAUAUUUAAUACUUUAUUUCAGGAUUGUAGUGUCAUUUGACAUUAAUGAAAAUACAAACCAUGAUGAAGCAAGUUUUAAUGACUCAGAUGAUGAAGGUGAAGUGGCUGGAAAGGUAAUUGUGAACUUAAAUCUGAUAUUUUCCUGUUCUCUUUUGGAAAACUUACUCUGUAAUUAUUUGUAUUUUGCAGAUUGUUUCAUAUCCUUUAUUUACUGUGGAAAUCGUAAAGAAAGCUGUAAGUUGAGAGAACAAUGAUUGUAUUUCUUGUUUUUUACAGAAGGGUUGUUACUUUACAGGAGUGUUGUUAUUUAACCCACGUACAAACUAUGAGCAUUCCAUUGAAACAAGUUAUACAGCAGAUGAAUUGAAAUGUCAAAUUAAGCCUUGAUUCAACCAGUCCUUUGCCAAAAUUCUCUCAAAUGCUAGCCCUUAAUAAAACAUACCUUCUCCUGCUUACAUCUCCUGUCAUCUUAUCCUCUGUGGUAUACUCUUUCAUUUGACAACAAGCAUAAUUUUUUUAUCUUCCAUUCUUCAGCAGAUUAAUUUAUAAGUGAAUUAUUGUUAUUAAAAUCAACUUUACAACAAUCGACAGGAAACACCAGAUCUCUGCUCUGAAUCCUCCAGUGUAGUGAAAUGGAUAAAUUUUUGGAUACUCUUAUAGGCCACUGAAAACUAGAAAAAUUUUUAGUUGGUGUAAGAAUUCAAACUUUCCCUAUAGAUGUAGUCAAUUUAUCUAUUUAUUUAUUUUUUUUUUGAUUUUAGGGUAAAACACUACAGUUCUACUGUGAGUUUAACACCCAACUUGAAGAGGAACACUCUGAGGAAGAGGAGGGCCCUGAUUUGUUUUAUAUUGUCAAUGUCGCUGUCAUAGAUGGUACCAGCAAAGGGAAGACUUCCUAUUGUGCAGAAACCGAAAACAUGGAUGGUGUAAGGAAUUUUUUAAUUUGAUUUUUAAAUUUGUAACAUAGGCCAUGAAUGGUACAUGACAGGGAAUGAUUGCUUGAGUGUAGAAAAUCUAGUAAAUUGAGUGUAUGAUCUUGGCUAUCCAUUUGAUAAAUCUGUUUUCUUACAAGCUGAAUUGCAAUUCAUGGUAUUUCUUCCAAUAUGCACUCAAUUUUGUUUUGAACAGGAUCUUUAUGGCAUGCUACUUAAGAUGUUGGCCGAAAGAGGAAUUGACAACCACUUUGCUGCAUGGCUGCGUGACUAUAGCACAGCUAUGGAACAACAACAUUAUAUCAAGUUUCUUGAAGAUUUGCAAGGAUUUGUCAAACUUCAGUAA